AUGGCACUCAAAAGAAUUAAUAAAGAAUUACACGACCUUCAUCGUGACCCACCAUCUAUUUGUAGUGUUGGCCUUGUUGGGGAUGAUCUUUUUCAUUGGCAAGCGAUAAUUAUGGGUCCCCCUGACUCACCAUAUUCAGGUGGUUUAUUUUCCCUUGAUAUACAUUUUUCUACAGAUUAUCCAUUUAGUCCACCAAAGGCUAAAUUUAUAACAAGAAUUUACCAUCCGAAUAUUGACAAUCAUGGAAAUAUCAGCGUGGAUAUUUUAAGAGAUCAAUGGUCACCAGCGUUUACUACUUCAAAAUUGCUCCUGAUGAUUUAUUUAUUCAUAACAAAUCCAGAUCCAGAUGAUCCACUUGUACCUGAAAUUGCGCAUGUAUAUAAGACUGACCGUGAUCGUUAUGAAGCUACUGCUCACGAAUGGGCUUGCAAAUAUGCU